GAGCAGCAAAGUGGCCACGUAAAAAGCAGAACGAUAACAAAUGAGCGCAAAGCAAAUAAUGUAUUUAUUGCUGUAAAUAAAUAUAAACAAAUUUCAAAAAAGAAAUGCCGCAGCAUAAAUGAAAUAAGCCCUAAAACCCUUUGGAGUAAACCUACGAAGAAGAGCCAGAGAAAGCAAGAUAAUGGAGGAUAAAGUAAAAUAUUCGCUGCUGCGUGGAGAGCUCGUGGAUACACAAAGCAUAUGGACCAGGCACGAGAAACGCGUUUGGUUCAUCACCUUGCUAACAGGCACCUGCAUGCUUUACUCCACUCGCACCACAAUGCCGCUGCUGAUGCCCGCCGUGGCGUCCGCUCAAAAGUGGAGCAAAACAGAUUCAGGCACGGUAUUGAGUUCCUUCUUCUGGGGCUAUACGCUCACCCAAGUGUUGGGCGGUUACUUUAGCGAUCGCUUUGGUGGACAACGUGUGAUACUCUUUGCUGCCUUAGGCUGGUCAAUUAUAACGUUUCUAAUGCCAAGCAUUAUCUGGUGGGCAGCACCCAUGAAGAGCUAUGCUAUUCCAUUGAUUGUUACCAUACGCAUCUUGAAUGGCGCACUGCAAGGUGUUCACUUUCCCAGCAUGAUAAGUCUAACGAGUCAGAAUCUAUGCCAGAACGAGCGCAGCAGCUUUUUUGGCCUGCUAACCGCCGGCUCUGCCUUGGGCACGCUCUUAACCGGCAUACUCGGCUCCUUUGUGUUGGAUUACUUUGGCUGGUCGUAUGUGUUUCGCGUUAUUGGCCUAAUGGGCUUGGCCUGGGGCUUGGUGUUGCGUUAUCAUGCCAUGGCGGGUGAACGUAAUCGCAUCAUAAAUAUCUCCACACCCUCGAGGCUGUGCGCCAACAAAUCGCCAGCGGAAACAACAGUGCCUUGGCUACGAUACUUCAGCCGCUUGUCCUUUUGGGCCUGCGUGCUGACACAUGCCUGCGAGAUGAACUGCUUCUUUGUGCUGCUCUCCUGGCUGCCCACUUACUUUCACGAUGGCUUUCCACAUGCCAAAGGCUGGGUCGUCAACAUGAUACCUUGGCUAGCGUUGCCUCCCUGCACAUUUCUGGCCAAGCAGCUGACUACGUGCCUAAUUGCGCGUGGCUGGAGUACGACAACAGUGCGAAAACUUAUACAAAGCUGUUGCUUUGCCGCACAGAAUCUGGCGUUGUUUAUCAUGAGUCGCACCACGGAUUUUCACACGGCUUUAAUCUGCAUGACUGUCAUCAUUAGUGGUACGGGCUUCCAUAACAAUGCAGUCACAGUGAAUCCUCAGGAUCUGGCGCCUUUACACUCGGGUAGCGUGUUUGGACUCAUGAAUACAGUGGGUGCCAUUCCCGGUUUUCUGGGCGUCUACCUAGCCGGACAUAUACUGGAGCUUACUCAAAGUUGGCCAUUGGUGUUUAGCACUGCGGCUGGCAUUAAUCUGUUGGGAUGGAUAAUCUUCCUAGUCUUUGGCUCCGCUGAGGCAAUCGUUUAAUCUUACAUUCUAUGAACAUAUUCACAUUAUUUAUUAAGUUGUAUAUACAUAUAUAACGUAAUUAUAAGUAGAAAAGGACAAACAUAAAACAUUUGAAACCUAUGUACUAUGACGCAUGCCACAAAUUAGGCUAA